CUGCCGCCAACACUGAGGCUGUCGAGGAGAAGAAGGUGGUUGAAGCCGAGCUUCUUAAAGAGGUCAAGCCUGCAGCCACAAUUGAUGAGACUCCUCAGGUUGCUUCUGAGGUGCCCACCGAAGUAAAGGAGUCUAUUGUCGAGGCUGGUGAGCGUCCUGAGGCUGCAGCCAGCACCGAAGCUGUUGAGAAUAAGAAGGUGGUUGAAGCUCAGCUCCUCAAGGAGGCAGAGCCUGUUCCUGCUGUUGGAGAAUCGAAGCCUGUCGUUGAGACCAAGGCCGAUUCUGCUGUCGAGUCUCAGGAAACCAAGACUCAAGAUCCCGCACCUGUUGUUCCUGCCGUUGUUCUUCCCACCGAGAGCAAGGCCGAGGAGCACAAGACAGAGGCCCCCGAGACCGAGACUCCCGCGGUCGGCAAUGGUAGCUCAACGGCCGGUAACGGCACCACAGCAACCGGCAACGGCGCUUCAACAAUAGAAAAUAAGCCCACUGAUACUUCGCGCAACGGCAGCGCCUCUGCAGCAAGUGCCAAGGAGAAGAAGAAGAACCGACUGAGUUCGAUCUUCAGCAAGAUCAAGCACAAGCUGUCCGACAAAUAG